AUGGGUUGGUCUUAUCCUCACAUAUCCCUUGAAGAUCUAAUUAAACUUGUAAAAGCUUUCGUCGACGUGUUGAUUCUGGCUUCUGGGUAUCAAUCAACCGGCCGCCAUGCGCACUGGGAUACCUAUAAUAUCAAGAAAGCCUUCCAAUGGGCUACAUUUCUUCAGAAUGUGUUUAAGGACUUGACAUGCUCGAUAGAUUAUGAGGAUUCCAUCGAGGAAGUUGAUGCAGCUUUAUCUGAAUUGACAUCCAGUCAAUAUUUCCCUCAGGGUCUUGCACAUCUUUCUUCCACGACCCUUAUUAGAGCAAGCAAUCUUAUUGUAAAACACCUGAUCCACACAUUGCCCUUGAGGGAGUCAAAUCUCAGAGCUACAAUAGCGGCCGCUAUUGAGAUGGAUUUCGAUGCUACUCCAAGUGAAAAACAUGGGAAUUGGAUGGAUGGUGGUUUUAGUAGGUGUGCUAUACAAGAAUUUGAAAGCAGGCAACAUGCAGUGUCGUGCAUAUCUGUUGUGCAGACAGGUUUAGGAAUUCUCUCAAAGGCCAUUGGACAAAGCCUGUGCAAUGAGCCUGAAGAACCACCAGUGAAAUCAGUUGUAUGGAAUCAAUGGAGAUCGAGAAAUCUAUCAUACAUGCUUGACAAGCGAACUAUGAGGCUGGUCUCUGGUGCCAGUUUGAUUUUUUCUGCUCCUAAAGACCAAUGGAUUCAAAUUCUAGGACGACUCAAUGUUUCAGCAGAAACUGAUGAUGAUUUAUCUGAAACAAUAGAACUCUUGUCAAUAGGGUGUAUUGCUGAUAGAUGGAGUUCUCUAAUUGAUCAAUUAAUGUCAAGUUCUUAUGAAUCUCUUCCCAUUUCCAAGCUAUAUCAUAAUGUGCACAGCAUAUCACUUGGAAGAUCUCAAGACCUUUGUUCUAAUGCAGGCUCAUUGAACUCAAAGGAAAAAAAUGUUCUGGACUAUUUGGAAGUUUUGCUGAGCAAUCAACCCAACCAAUUGUGGAAACUGCCCCCCAUCGUUGCAGCAGUUGCAAUUCCUUCCUGGUCACAGCUCUUCAAAUCAUAUCUAAGUAAAAUAGAGAGUCAAUUCAGAGAAGAUUCUUUGACUACCAGAUGCUGUAGUUGUACUACUGACGGGAAGGAGCACAGAGAAUGUGAGGUGGCGGAGAGAAUUUGGUGCCUCUAUGUCAUCCAUGUCAACCGAUCCCAUAGAACAUUCGGUGCCGAUUCUGUUUGA